AUGGCUGCUUCAUCUUCGUUCACCUCCUCUGAGUCUGACUCAGAGAAUGAUGAACAAGAUUUGAUAGAAUACUAUUUUUCAAGAGGUUUUCAAUAUACAACUAUCGUAGAUUUUUUGUCAAAGAAGCAUGGGAUCGAAAUCUCUGAACGAACUCUACGAAAUCGUUUAUAAGAAUACGGUCUUCGACGGAGAACGCCCAAUUUUGACAUUGACGAGAUAUGUCGCGUGAUACAAAGGAAGUUAAACGGUCCAGGUAAUAUGGGUGGAUACCGUUUGAUGUGGCAUGCUCUAAGAACGGAGGGACAUCAAGUUCCAAGGCAUAUUGUGGAAGAAUUGAUGAGAGAACUUGAUCCAGAGGGUUGUGAAACCAGGCGUGCAAAACGUUUACGUAGACGAACAUAUUGAGUACCAGGCCCUAAUUACUGUUGGCAUACAGAUGGAUACGGGUGUAUUGACGGGUGGAGUCGGAAGAUUAUAUGGCUGCACGUGGCAAGAUCCAAUAACAAGCCAGAAAUACCGGCAUCGUUUUACUUACAAAGUGUGCAAACGUAUGGCUGUCCCGUGAAAUUACGUAGCGACUGCGGCACCGAGAAUGGCAUUAUGGCCGGCAUGCAGUGCGAAUUUCGUUCAAGCGGUGACGCUCAUUUUUUCGGCACCUCACCUGCCAACCAGAGGAUCGAAAGCUGGUGGUUCCAAUUCAGAAAAAAUCGUUCCACCUGGUGGAUAAACUAUUUCAAGGAUCUAUGCGAAAGGAAUCUUUUCAAUCCAGAUAAUGACCUUGAAAAGGAGUGUAUGUGGUUUUGUUUUUCAGAUGUGAUUCAGAAUGAUCUGAACUAUGUAAAGGAGCAGUGGAACACACAUCGAAUCCGAGAUUCAAAGCAUGACACAAUUCCUGGCAUACCUGACGAAUUAUAUUAUUUUCCGGAGAAGAAGGGGGGAAUAGAUAAUUUAUACCUUCCAGUUCCCGCUGAACAAAUCCAAUUUGUACAGGAAAAUCUUCUUCAAUUUGAAGAAGAGGAAAAUAUCAUGCAGGAAUACUUCAACCAUAUUUUCGAAACCAGUCGACUUCAACAACCAAAUAAUUGGGAAGAGGCUGAGCAAUUGUAUUCUGUUCUCAUGGGAAUUGCUAAUGGAACAUGA